CAUCAUUGACAAGCUGUCAGUUAUUUCCCCAUGAGCACAUCUAAGACCUUCCUAGACUGUAAAAACCCGGCUCACACCUCGUUUCAUUUCAGAACAUAUCUUGCCAUUUUGAAAGACACAUAUCUGUUUGUCACUAACAAAGAGUGCCUUUUUACAUGUAUGCUUUUCUACUUCUCAUGUAGUAUAGCUUUGUAAGAAAUGUGUAUUGCUUGAGACUGGCAACCUUUUUAAGAAUGGUAGAAAACAACUCAACAGACUCCAGCACAGCCUUCUCGAUUCCACGAGGAAGAGAGAAAAUCAUUAUCGUCUUCAUACUGUCAGCAUUCUUCCUUUAUGUAAAUAGCUUAUUAAUAAUCACAUUUUAUUCAAAGGAAUAUUUUCGCACCAAGAUGCGUUACAUAUUUUUCGGCCAUGCCUUGUUUUGUGACUGGCUGUUUUUGUUCUUGGCAAAUUUUUUUCUCCUCUUAAUCUUCCUCGAUGUUGCCAUUCCUGUAUGGAUAUGUCUUAUUAUGUGUUAUGCAAUGGACAUAUUGACUUUUACUUCUCCUCUGACUCUCACUGCUAUGAGUUUGGAGCGUUACGUUGCCAUCUGCAUGCCCCUGCGACACUCAGAGCUCUCCAGCGUUCCCAGAUCUUUCCACAGCAUUAUCAUCAUCCACGCUGUCUGCUCUAUAGAGCCCAUUACAAUGAUUUUUAUCUAUAUGGCCUCGGUUCCUCAACACAUAUACUUGUCAGAUGCUAUAUGUCAGACAGAAGUGUUUAUCAUUAACAACUGGCAAAAUGAUCUGAACGUAGUUAUGACUAACAUGUACUUUGUGGUAAUGUUCUGUGCCAUUUUAUUUAGUUAUGUCAAAAUAACUCAAGCUGCAAAACAUGCAACCUCUGCUGAUAGUAAAUCAGCUGCACGAGGUUUGAAAACUGUGAUGUUGCAUGGAGUGCAGAUGCUGCUCUCACUGGUCCAGCUGUGGUGUCCGUUUGUUGAGGAGGCUUUAUUAGAUGUCGAUAUAUAUGUUUACAUGGAAGUCAGGUAUUUUAAUUAUGUUGUAUUUAUGCUUUCCCCACGCUGCUUAUGUCCACUUGUAUACGGGCUGAGAGAUAAAAAGUUGUUUAUGGCUUUGAAACAUUAUGCAUUUUGUGCACUUAAAAAGGUUUCACCGCAGAAUAUAUGAACAAGGUUUAUGUUCAUGUUUAUAAUGUCACAUCUUCUUAAUAUACUGUAUUUUAAAAAGUAUACUUGUUUAAUGUAUUGUUAUCUUUUUACUUUGAGUUUUAAUUGCUUCACUGAUAAAAAAAAACAUCUGGAUAUGUCCUGGUCAAUAACAGCUCUGACAAGAAAAUAAAUAUACUCUGACAGGAGCUUGUACAGACCAUACUGGCAAAAACCAGUGCUGAUUUAUUUAUCAUGUUUAUCUUACUGCAAAUGUGUGUUUAUUGUUAAGAUUGCUAUGGCUUAGUUUUGCUACUUUGUACAAACUAUUGCAUUGCAUUUGCAAAUCAUUUCAUUUCUCAUUAUUGUUAACAUUAUACAUGUCUAUAUGUUUGUUAAAAUAUUUGUUAAAAAUCACAGACAUGAUGUUAGGUGAAGCAGAACAUUAAA